UCUUGGAAGAUCUAGGACUCCGAAAAUGUUUCCUUUGAAGGAUGUCGAAAUGGGUGCCUUUACCUUCUUUGCCUCGGCUCUGCCACAUGAUGUUUGUGGAAGCAACGGGCUUCCUCUUACACCAAAUUCCAUCAAAAUUUUAGGGCGCUUUCAAAUCCUUAAGACCAUCACCCAUCCCAGACUGUGCCAGUAUGUGGAUAUUUCUAGGGGAAAGCAUGAGAGACUGGUGGUGGUGGCUGAACACUGUGAACGGAGUCUAGAAGACUUGCUUCGAGAGAGGAAACCCGUGAGCUAUUCGAGGGUUUUGUGCAUAGCAUUUGAGGUGCUUCAGGGCUUACAGUAUAUGAACAGACAUGGGAUAGUACACCGGGCACUGUCUCCUCAUAAUAUCCUUUUGGACCGAAAGGGACAUGUUAAAUUGGCUAAAUUUGGACUUUAUCACAUGACAGCUCAUGGUGAUGAUGUUGAUUUCCCAAUUGGGUAUCCAUCGUACUUGGCACCCGAGGUAAUUGCACAAGGAAUUUUCAAAAUGACUGAUCAUGUGCCAAAUGAAAAACCAUUGCCUUCUGGCCCCAAAUCGGAUGUGUGGUCUCUUGGAAUCAUUUUAUUUGAGCUUUGCGUGGGAAGAAAAUUAUUUCAGAGCUUGGAUAUUUCUGAAAGACUGAAAUUUUUGCUUACAUUGGACUGUGUAGAUGACACUAUAAUAGUUCUGGCUGAAGAGCAUGGUUGUCUGGACAUUGUAAAGGAGCUUCCUGAAAAUGUGAUAGAUCUUUUGAAGAAGUGCCUCACCUUCCACCCUUCCAAAAGGCCAACCCCAGAUGAAUUAAUGCAGGACAAGGUGUUCAGUGAAGUGUCUCCUUUAUACACCCCCUUUACCAAAUCUGCCAGUCUGUUUUCAUCUUCUCUGAGAUGCGCUGAUUUAACUCUGCCUGAGGAUAUCAGUCAGCUGUGUCAAGACAUAAACAGUGAUUACCUGGCAGAAAGAUCUAUUGAAGAAGUGUAUUACCUUUGGUGUUUAGCUGGAGGUGACUUGGAGAAAGAGCUUGUCAACAAGGAAAUCAUUCGAUCCAAACCACCUAUCUGCACACUCCCCAAUUUUCUCUUUGAAGAUGGUGAAAGCUUUGGACAAGGUCGAGAUAGAAGCUCACUAUUAGAUGAUACCACUGUGACAUUGUCAUUAUGCCAGCUAAGAAAUAGACUAAAAGAUGUUGGUGGAGAAGCAUUUUACCCACUACUUGAAGAUGACCAAUCUAAUGUACCUCAUUCAAACAGCAAUAAUGAGUUAUCUGCAGCUGCCACUCUCCCUUUAAUCAUCCGAGAGAGGGACACAGAGUACCAGCUUCACAGAGUCGUUCUCUUUGACAGGCUGCUAAAGGCUUAUCCAUAUAAAAAAAAUCAAAUCUGGAAAGAAGCAAGAGUUGACAUUCCUCCUCUAAUGAGAGGUUUAACCUGGGCUGCUCUUCUGGGAGUUGAGGGGGCUAUUCAUGCCAAGUACGACUCAAUUGAUAAAGAUACUCCAAUUCCUACAGAUAGACAAAUUGAAGUGGAUAUUCCUCGUUGUCAUCAGUAUGAUGAACUGUUAUCAUCACCAGAAGGUCAUGCAAAAUUUAGGCGUGUACUAAAAGCCUGGGUAGUGUCCCAUCCUGAUCUUGUGUAUUGGCAAGGUCUUGACUCACUUUGUGCUCCAUUCCUAUAUUUAAAUUUCAAUAAUGAAGCCUUGGCUUAUGCGUGUAUGUCUGCUUUUAUCCCCAAAUACCUGUAUAACUUCUUCUUGAAAGACAACUCACAUGUAAUACAAGAGUACCUGACUGUGUUCUCUCAGAUGAUUGCAUUCCAUGAUCCAGAGCUGAGCAAUCAUCUCAAUGAGAUUGGAUUUAUUCCAGAUCUCUAUGCCAUCCCUUGGUUUCUCACCAUGUUUACUCAUGUAUUUCCACUGCACAAAAUUUUCCACCUCUGGGAUACCUUACUACUUGGGAAUUCCUCUUUCCCAUUCUGUAUUGGAGUAGCAAUUCUUCAGCAGCUGCGGGACCGGCUUUUGGCUAAUGGCUUUAAUGAGUGCAUCCUUCUCUUCUCUGAUUUACCAGAAAUUGACAUUGAACGAUGUGUGCGAGAAUCAAUCAAUCUGUUUUGUUGGACUCCUAAAAGUGCUACUUACAGACAGCAUGCUCAGCCUCCAAAGCCAGCUCCUGACAGUGGUGGAGUCAGAAGUUCAGCACCUUAUUUCUCCACUGAGUGUCCAGAUCCUCCAAAAACAGAUCUGUCAAGAGAAUCCAUCCCAUUAAAUGACCUGAAGUCCGAAGUAUCACCCCGGAUUUCAGCGGAGGACCUGAUUGACUUGUGUGAGCUCACAGUGACAGGCCACUUCAAAACACCCACCAAGAAGACGAAGUCCAGUAAACCAAAGCUCCUGGUCGUUGACAUCCGGAAUACGGAAGAUUUCAUUCGGGGCCACAUUUCAGGCAGCAUCAACAUUCCAUUCAGCGCUGCAUUCACUGCAGAAGGGGGGCUUACCCAGGGCCCUUACACCGCUAUGCUGCAGAGCUUCAAAGGGAAGGUCAUUGUCAUCGUGGGGCACGUGGCAAAGCACACAGCAGAGUUUGCAGCUCAUCUCGUGAAGAUGAAAUAUCCGAGAAUCUGUAUUCUAGAUGGUGGCAUUAAUAAGAUCAAGCCAACAGGCCUCCUCACCGUCCCAUCUCCUCAGAUAUGAAGAACCUAGAGUCUGACUGUCAGGACAGAGCGACAUCAGCCCCAGCCACCCCACAGCCUCACCACUCGAAGACAGAGCGAGACCUCGGAUGGUGGCAUUUCCAUAAAGUUUUGUCAUGAGACAUUUUUUUAAAUCUCAUGACCCAAAUGUUCAGCUAUCCAGGGAACAAACUUGACUGUACAUGUAUUGCUGAAAAAAUUUUCUUAACCGUGAAACCCGAUCAUGUAUUUUUACCACUGGGCAACACAAAGCCUGAGGAAUUCAGCUGACAAGGCAGAUUUAGCAUUAUCAAGAGAUCUCAGUGCCUGAAAAAGCUGCCUUCCGUUGCACUGAACAGACAGUCCUAACAAAGGUAUUAUUCAGAAAUAGAGACUGAGUGUACGCUGAAAUCAUCUUUCUCUGAUAAUGAAAAUGGAAAAGCUAUUCACGAUACAUUCCUUAUAACUAAACGCUGCUAUUGGUAACUCAUUUUUGGCCCAGGCAAGUUGUGUGUUUGUGUGUGUGUUUAGAAGAAGAAGAAUUUAACCCAUUGAAAAAAGUAAUAAUAGUUUACUUCCAGAAAAAUGAAAGUCAGAAACCAUUCGUAUUAGAUAGAAUAUUUGCUCAGCUCCUGUAGCAGAAAAACCCAAAAUAAGAGUGACUUAAACUAGAACUUUAUUUCUCUCUCACAUAUAAGUCUCCAUAGUCAGUCUAGGGCUAGAAUAUUGGUUUCGUAUUCAUUAAGAACUCAGAUAUUUUUUCUCAUUGCUUUACCACCCUCAGCACAUGGUUUUAAUCUCGUGGAUCAAGAUGGCUGCUCAGCUCCUACCAUCACAUCUGCAACUUAGAAGGAAAGGAAUGAAGGGGAGUGGGGGCUGAGAAGGAAAG